AUAAAAUUAAAAUAGUACGUUCAAAAAUCACUUUUAAAUUACAUAUGUCGCCCUAGAGGCGCCACUCGAACGCAAAGGGUUAAAAUAAUGCAGGAGUCAUGUAAGAAGAUGAUAAGAAGAAUGGAAAUAAGCUAGUAAUAACGAUAACGAGGAUCGAGGGAAUGACGGGAAGGUCCAGUACCAAACGAACGGGCUUGUGUCUGCUGGCACUAUUGCUGUGCUGCUUCACCAGCGACAACCUCUUCGUCGCCGCAGAGCCAGAACCGAUUCCAGCGGAGCUGCACUACAGCGACAAUUUCAUUAACAACGCCGAAAAUUUCAUUCUACUAAACAAGCUGAGUCAAGUGAUCGAGGAAAGAAAGGACACCGCGGAAAGGGGGAAAGAGUUAGAGAACGAGCAGAUGGUUAUUCAAACGGUGCUGGACGCCAGGGCGAAGACAAAGACGAGACUUCCCCCGGGUGACUAUUCCAUCGAGGAACUACCGACGCCCAAUGCCGUCGUAGGGCAAAUGCGACGUUCGGGGAAACGUACCGCUGCGUUAAGCUGUGAGUAUUUCUUGCAAUGCAUUGCGAAUAGAAAAUAAGAUCGUUAGGCCGAUCGAACACGGGCGCAACCGAUCAGUUUGAAAACUAGUGAAACUAGUUGCAUGCGACCGUGGAUCUAGGUAAAACAAAGAUAGCGA